GGUGUGAGGAGGAGGAGGAGGAGGAGGCGGCGGCGGCGGCGGCGGCGGAGGAGGAAUAGGCCGGGGCAGGUCGCGUUCGCUCGCCUUCUCGCCCGAAGAGAGACGAGGGGGGGAGGGGGGUGCGGCGAGCGGCUCCUCUCUCCCCGUCCUCCGCUCGCGCUCCGCUCGCUCUCCGCUCCGCUCCGCUCGCGCCCCAGUGUAAUGAGGGUCACCCCCUCCCCCCCAGCCGGCCCGGGAGGGGGCGCGGGGCACGGUAACUAGUGCGCAGGGGUGGGCGACGGGCGGGAGCGGGAGGGAGGAGACAAGCCGGGCCGGGAAGAUGGUGGUGGCCGUGAGGUUGAUGCAGGCACAGUAUGGAUCGGACUUGUGAAUUAUCUAGAAGAAAUUGUCUGCGGUCCUUUUCUAACCCAGUGAACUUAGAUGCCCCCGAAGACAAGGACAACCCUUUCGGUAAUGCUCAAUCCAGUUUUUCUGAGCCACUUAAUGGGUGUACUAUGCAGUUACCGACUGCCAGUGGGACAUCCCAAAAUGCUUAUGGACAAGAUUCUCCAUCUUGUUACAUUCCACUGCGGAGACUACAGGAUUUGGCCUCCAUGAUCAAUGUAGAAUAUUUAAGUGGGUCUGCUGAUGGAUCAGAAUCCUUUCAAGACCCUGCAAAAAGUGAUUCAAGAGCUCAGUCGCCAAUUGUUUGCACUUCCUUGAGUCCUGGUGGUCCAACAGCACUUGCUAUGAAACAGGAGCCCACUUGUAAUAACUCCCCUGAACUCCAGUUAAGAGUAACAAAGACGACCAAGAAUGGCUUUCUGCACUUUGAGAAUUUUACUUGUGUGGACGAUGCAGAUGUAGAUUCUGAAAUGGACCCAGAACAGCCAGUCACAGAGGAUGAGAGUAUAGAGGAGAUCUUUGAGGAGACUCAGACCAAUGCCACCUGCAAUUAUGAGCCUAAAUCAGAAAAUGGUGUAGAGAUGGCCAUGGGAAGUGAACAAGACAGCAUGCCAGAGAGUAGACAUGGUGCAGUGGAACUGCCAUUCUUGCCAUUAGCUCCUCAAACUGAAAAACAGAAAAAUAAACAAAGAAGUGAAGUGGACGGAAGCAAUGAAAAGACAGCCCUCCUCCCAGCCCCCAUUUCACUAGGAGACACAAACGUUACCGUAGAAGAGCAAUUUAACUCAAUAAAUUUAUCUUUUCAGGAUGAUCCAGACUCCAGCACCAGUACAUUAGGAAACAUGCUAGAAUUACCUGGAACUUCAUCAUCAUCCACUUCACAGGAAUUGCCAUUUUGUCAACCGAAGAAAAAGUCUACACCACUGAAAUAUGAAGUUGGAGAUCUCAUUUGGGCAAAAUUCAAGAGACGUCCAUGGUGGCCCUGCAGAAUUUGUUCUGAUCCAUUGAUUAAUACGCACUCAAAAAUGAAAGUUGCCAAUAGGAGGCCAUAUCGAGAAUACUAUGUGGAGGCUUUUGGAGACCCUUCUGAAAAAGCCUGGGUGGCUGGAAAAGCAAUCGUCAUGUUUGAAGGCAGACAUCAAUUUGAAGAACUACCUGUCCUUAGGAAAAGAGGGAAACAGAAAGAGAAAGGAUAUAGGCAUAAGGUUCCUCAGAAAAUUUUGAGUAAAUGGGAAGCCAGUGUUGGUCUUGCCGAGCAAUAUGAUGUUCCCAAAGGCUCUAAGAACCAAAAAUGCGUCACUAGCUCAAUCAAGUUGGACAGUGAGGAAGAUAUGCCAUUUGAGGACUGUACAAAUGAUCCUGAUUCAGAACAUGACCUGUUGCUUAAUGGCUGCUUGAAGUCUCUGGCUUUUGAUUCUGAGCAUUCUGCAGAUGAAAAGGAAAAGCCUUGUGCCAAGUCUCGAGUUAGAAAAAGCUCUGAUAAUAUAAAAAGGACUAGUGUGACAAAGGGCCUCAUGCCAUCUGAAGCGCGGAAAGAAGAACGGAGGGGGAAAAUGCCAGAGAACCUUGGCUUAGACUUUAUCUCUGGGGGUGUAUCUGAUAAACAGGCUUCUAAUGAACUUUCCAGGAUAGCAAACAGCCUCACAGGGUCUAGCACUGCACCAGGAAAUUUCCUCUUUUCUUCCCGUGGACAGAACACUGCUAAGACAGAUUUUGAGACUCCAAAUUGUGAUUCUUUAUCAGGUAUGUCUGAGAGUGCACUAAUCUCUAAACAUUCUGGAGAGAAAAAGAAACUCCAACCAGGCCAGGUCUGCAGCUCAAAAGUACAGCUCUGCUAUGUUGGAGCUGCUGAUGAGGAAAAGCGAAGCGAUUCUGUCAGUGUGAGUACCACUUCUGAUGAUGGCAGCAGUGACCUGGAUCCUACAGAACACACCUCAGAAUUCCAGAAGAGUGUCCUUGAAAUUACAGAUGCUUUUGAUAAAACAGAGAACACCCUAUCUGUGCACAAAAAUGAAACACAGUAUUCUAGAUAUCCUGCCACAAACAGGGUAAAAGAGAAACAGAAGUCCCUCAUUACCAAAUCACAUACUGACCAUUUAAUAGAUUCUACCAAGACAAUGGAGCCUGAAACUGCUGAGAUGUCUCAGGUCAAUCUUUCUGAUCUUAAAAUCAGUAGUCCUAUUCCCAAACCACAACCAGAAUUUAGAAAUGAUGGUCUCACUACAAAAUUCAGUGCACCACCAGGCAUUCGUAAUGAAAACUCACUGACAGAGGGUGGGCUUGCAAAUCAAAGUCUGUUACCUUUGAAAUGCAGACAGCCAAAGUUCCGGAGUAUAAAAUGCAAGCAUAAAGAAAGCCCAGCUAUGAGUGAGGAUCUCAGUUUGAAAUGCUGUUCUUCGGAUACCAAUGGCUCUCCUUUGGCUAGCAUAUCCAAAAGUGGGAAAGGAGAGGGGCUAAAACUACUGAACAAUAUGCAUGAGAAAACCAGAGACUCAAGCGACAUAGAGACAGCAGUGGUGAAGCAUGUUCUGUCAGAAUUGAAGGAACUCUCGUACAGAUCAUUAAGUGAGGAUGUCGGUGAUUCUGGAACAUCAAAGUCAUCAAAGCCAUUGCUGUUUUCCUCUGCUUCUAGUCAGAAUCACAUACCAAUUGAACCAGAUUACAAGUUUAGCACAUUGCUAAUGAUGCUGAAGGAUAUGCAUGAUAGUAAGACAAAGGAGCAACGGUUGAUGACUGCUCAAAAUCUGUCUUCCUACAGUACCCCAGAUCGAGGGGACUGUUCUUCUAGUAACCCUGUAGGGACAUCAAAAGUUUUGGUGUUAGGAGGCUCCACACACAAUUCUGAAAAGCCUGGAGCUAGCACCCAGGACUCAGUUCGCCUGAGUCCUGGUGGGGGUGACUCUGCAUUGUCUGGACAAUUGUCUUCUUCCCUCUCCAGCUUAGCUUCUGACAAAAGAGAUCUCCCUGCUUGUGGUAAAGUUCGCUCUAACUGUAUCCCAAGGCGCAACUGUGGCCGAGCAAAGCCAUCAUCCAAAUUGAGAGAAACCAUUUCAGCCCAGAUGGCAAAAUCUUCAGUAAACCCAAAAGCCUUAAAGACUGAGCGGAAGAGAAAGUUGAGCCGACUUCCAGCUGUGACACUUGCUGCUGCUAACGGAUUGGGAAACAAAGAAAGUGGGGGAUUAGUGAAUGGCCCAUCCAGGGGUGGGGCUGAAGAUCCUGCUAAAGAAGAGCCUCUUCAACAAAUGGACCAUUUAAGAAAUGAAGACACCCAUUUUUCCUCUGUACAGUUUGAUAGCAAGGUUAAGCAAUCUGACCCUGAUAAAAUUCUUGAAAAAGAACCUUCCUUUGAGAACAGAAAAGGCCCAGAGCUGGGCUCUGAAAUGAACACUGAGAAUGAUGAACCCCAUAGUGUAAAUCAAGUGGUGCCUAAAAAGCGGUGGCAGCGAUUAAACCAAAGGCGCCCUAAGCCUGGAAAGCGUGCUAACAGAUUUAGGGAGAAAGAAAACUCUGAGGGUGCUUUUGGAGUCUUACUUCCUGGUGACCCGGUGCAGAAGGGCCGCGAUGAUUACUUAGAACAAAGAGCUCCUCCUACAAGCAUACUUGAGGACUCAGCCCCAGACGCCAAUCACGUCUGCCACUCUGAAUCAGUUGGGUCUCGGCUGAAUGUUUGUGAUAACUCCGGUGUCAGCAUGGGUGAGGGAGAAAAGGAGACAGGAAUUCCCAAUUUGAUGCCACAGACCAAGCUCCCUGAGCCAGCUAUUCGUUCAGAGAAGAAACGCCUUAGGAAGCCGAGCAAGUGGCUUCUAGAAUAUACAGAAGAGUAUGAUCAGAUAUUUGCUCCUAAGAAAAAACAAAAGAAGGUACAGGAGCAAGUGCAUAAGGUAAGUUCCCGCUGUGAAGACGAAAGCCUUCUUGCCCGCUGUCGAGCUAGUGCUCAGAACAAGCAGGUGGAUGAGAAUUCUUUGAUUUCAACUAAAGAAGAGCCUCCAGUUCUCGAAAGAGAGGCUCCAUUUUUGGAAGGGCCAUUGGUUCAGUCAGAUCUUGGAGUUGCACAUGCUGAGUUACCACAGCUGACCUUGUCUGUUCCUGUGGCUCCAGAAGUUUCUCCGCGGCCUACCCUUGAGUCUGAGGAAUUGCUUGUUAAGACACCAGGAAAUUAUGAAAGUAAGCGUCAAAGAAAACCAACUAAGAAACUUCUUGAAUCCAAUGAUUUAGACCCCGGAUUUAUGCCCAAGAAGGGUGAUCUUGGCCUUUCUAGAAAGUGCUUUGAAGCGGGUCGCUUGGAGAAUGGUAUUCUUGACUCACGGGCUACAUCUCAUUUGAAAGAGUUCAGUGGAGGCACUACCAAGAUAUUUGAUAAACCAAGGAAACGAAAACGACAGAGGCAUGUCACAGCCAGAGUGCACUAUAAAAAAGUGAAGAAGGAGGACUCAUCAAAAGAGGCACCCAGCUCGGAGGGAGAACUGCUGAUUCACAGGACUGCUGCCAGCCCCAAGGAGAUUCUUGAAGAGGGUGGAGAACAUGAUCCUGGGAUGUCUGCAUCCAAGAAAUUACAGGGAGAAAGAGGCGGAGGGGCGGCGCUCAAGGAGAAUGUUUGCCAGAGCUGUGAGAAGCUGGGGGAGCUGCUGUUGUGUGAGGCUCAAUGCUGCGGGGCUUUCCACUUGGAGUGCCUUGGCCUAACGGAGAUGCCUCGAGGGAAAUUUAUCUGCAAUGAGUGUCGCACAGGAAUCCAUACCUGUUUUGUAUGUAAGCAGAGUGGAGAAGAUGUGAAAAGGUGCCUUCUACCCUUAUGUGGGAAGUUUUACCAUGAAGAGUGUGUCCAGAAGUACCCACCAACUGUCACACAGAACAAGGGCUUCAGGUGCCCCCUCCACAUGUGUAUAACCUGCCAUGCUGCCAAUCCAGCCAAUGUAUCUGCUUCUAAAGGUCGUCUGAUGCGCUGUGUGCGCUGUCCUGUGGCAUACCAUGCUAAUGACUUUUGUCUUGCUGCUGGUUCAAAAAUCCUUGCAUCUAACAGUAUCAUCUGCCCUAAUCACUUCACCCCUAGGCGGGGCUGCCGAAAUCAUGAGCAUGUUAAUGUCAGCUGGUGUUUUGUGUGCUCGGAAGGAGGCAGCCUUCUGUGCUGCGACUCUUGUCCUGCUGCUUUUCAUCGAGAGUGCCUGAAUAUCGAUAUCCCUGAAGGAAAUUGGUACUGCAAUGACUGUAAGGCAGGCAAAAAACCACACUACAGGGAGAUUGUCUGGGUAAAAGUCGGUCGCUACAGGUGGUGGCCAGCUGAAAUCUGCCAUCCACGAGCUGUUCCCUCUAACAUUGAUAAAAUGAGGCAUGAUGUGGGGGAAUUCCCUGUUCUCUUCUUUGGGUCCAAUGACUAUCUCUGGACUCAUCAGGCUCGAGUCUUCCCUUACAUGGAAGGGGAUGUGAGCAGCAAGGAUAAGAUGGGAAAAGGAGUGGAUGGAACAUAUAAAAAAGCUCUUCAGGAAGCUGCAGCAAGAUUUGAAGAGUUAAAAGCCCAAAAAGAACUAAGACAGCUGCAGGAAGAUCGGAAGAAUGACAAGAAGCCACCGCCCUACAAACAUAUAAAGGUAAACCGUCCUAUUGGCAGGGUACAGAUCUUCACUGCAGACCUGUCAGAAAUUCCCCGUUGCAACUGUAAAGCUACUGAUGAGAACCCCUGUGGGAUAGACUCGGAGUGCAUCAACCGGAUGCUGCUCUAUGAGUGCCAUCCCACAGUGUGUCCUGCCGGAGGCCGCUGUCAAAACCAGUGCUUCAGCAAGCGCCAGUACCCAGACGUUGAAAUCUUCCGCACAUUACAAAGGGGCUGGGGUCUCCGGACAAAAACUGAUAUUAAAAAGGGAGAGUUUGUGAAUGAAUAUGUGGGUGAGCUAAUAGAUGAAGAAGAAUGCAGAGCUCGAAUCCGUUACGCACAAGAGCACGACAUCACUAAUUUCUAUAUGCUCACGCUCGAUAAAGAUCGAAUUAUUGAUGCUGGUCCUAAAGGAAACUAUGCUCGGUUCAUGAAUCACUGCUGCCAGCCUAACUGUGAGACACAGAAGUGGUCUGUCAAUGGAGACACUCGUGUUGGCCUGUUUGCUUUGAGUGACAUUAAAGCAGGCACUGAACUUACCUUCAAUUACAACCUAGAAUGUCUUGGAAAUGGAAAAACUGUCUGUAAAUGUGGAGCACCGAACUGCAGUGGCUUCUUGGGUGUGAGGCCAAAGAAUCAACCCAUUGUCACAGAAGAAAAGUCAAGGAAAUUCAAGAGGAAGCCACAUGGGAAGCGCAGGAGCCAGGGUGAAGUCACCAAGGAAAGAGAGGAUGAGUGUUUCAGCUGUGGGGAUGCUGGUCAGCUCGUCUCCUGCAAGAAGCCAGGCUGCCCGAAAGUUUACCAUGCAGACUGUCUCAAUCUGACCAAGCGACCAGCAGGGAAGUGGGAGUGUCCUUGGCACCAGUGUGACGUGUGUGGGAAGGAAGCAGCGUCCUUCUGUGAGAUGUGCCCCAGCUCCUUUUGCAAGCAACAUCGAGAAGGGAUGCUUUUUAUUUCCAAGCUCGAUGGGCGUCUGUCUUGUACUGAACAUGAUCCCUGUGGGCCCAACCCUCUGGAACCAGGGGAGAUCCGUGAGUAUGUGCCUCCCACAGCGACUCAUCCUGCAAGCCCCGGCACUCAGCUGAAAGAGCAGUCAUCAGAGAUGGCUACUCAAGGGCCCAAGAAGUCUGAUCAACCACCUACUGAUGCUGCCCAGAUGCUGCCGCUCUCCAGAAAAGCCCCAACAGGGACUUGUCAGAGGCCUCCUGAGAAAACUGACUCUAGUUCCCACCUUUUAGAUAGGAUCAGAGACCUUGCUGGGUCAGGGACCAAAUCCCAGUCCUUGGUAUCCAGCCAGAGACCACAGGAAAGGCCACCUGCUAAAGAAGGACCAAGACCUCAGCCACCUGACAGAGCCUCUCCAUUGACCAGGCCAAGUUCCUCACCUUCAGUCAGCUCCCUGCCACUGGAAAGACCUCUAAGAAUGACUGACUCAAGGCUGGAUAAAUCCAUAGGUGCUGCCCGUCCAAAGUCCCCGGCAGUGGAGAAAACUCCAGCCUCCACUGGCUUGAGACUUUCAUCCCCAGACAGGUUGCAAACCAUCAACAGUCCCAAACCCCAGAUUUCUGACAGGCCCCCAGACAAGUCCCAUGCCUCUUUGACCCAGAGACUUCCACCUCCUGAGAAAGUACUGUCAGCUGUGGUCCAGUCUCUGGUAGCUAAAGAGAAAGCACUGAGGCCUGUAGACCAGAACACCCAAUCAAAGCACAGAGCUGCUAUGGUGAUGGAUCUCAUAGACUUAACGCCUCGUCAGAAGGAGCGGGCUGCUUCUCCUCAGGAUGUCACACCACAGGCUGAUGAGAAGACACCAAUGCUCGAGUCAAGCUCAUGGCCAUCUAGCAAAGGUCUGGGGCAUGUGCCACGAGCUGUGGAGAAAAGUGGCAUGUCAGAUUCCCUCCAGCCAGCUGGAAAGUCAGCAGCUCCUUCAGAACACCCUUGGCAAGCUGUUAAAUCGCUCACCCAUGCCAGAUUUCUUUCUCCACCUUCUGCCAAGGCUUUUUUAUAUGAAUCAGCAACUCAAGCCUCAGGAAGAACUCCUGUGGGAGCUGAGCAGACCCCAGGACCUCCUAGCCCAGCACCAAGCCUGGUUAAACAGGUGAAACAGCUAUCUAGAGGACUCACUGCCAAGAGUGGGCAGUCCUUCAGGUCUCUUGGGAAGAUCUCAGCUUCCCUCCCCAAUGAAGAAAAGAAGUUGACAACCACAGAACAGAGUCCCUGGGGUCUGGGAAAAGCCUCACCAGGGGCAGGGCUUUGGCCAAUAGUGGCUGGACAGACACUAGCCCAGGCUUGCUGGUCUUCUGGGGGCACACAAACUUUGGCACAAACUUGCUGGUCUCUUGGAAGAGGGCCAGACCCCAAACCAGAAAAUGCAAUUCAAGCUCUUAACCAGGCUCCAUCUAGUCGCAAAUGUGCAGAGUCAGAACAGAAAUAAUACAGUAAAUGUCACAUAACUAGACAAGCUAUCCCCAGGGUACCAUUUGGGGAGGGAAAUCUUCGUUUCUUUUUCCUUCUUGAAAAACAAACAUAUUCCCAACACUUCCACUGUUCUUCUUUCCUUAUAUCUCGACACUCAGAACUAUUGUGACAUUAGCCCAUGGGGACUUGUGGUUGUGAACCGUGUGUGGGAAGUCAUCGGGCCCCAGUCCAGGAGACAGACAGACUUGAGUCUCUUUGCCCUAACUUUUACAUAUGGUCAACUAAAAUAAAAAGUCCACCUUGGAAUCAAGCAUGGAAUUCAGUCCCACUGGUCACGUUGGGAAGUGUAGGGCUCUCAAGGCUAUUUCCCUAACCGGACUGUGUGCCAUUGAGAACCCUGUAAAACCUUUAGGAGAACCUGGUGUCCUUCACAUUACUGGCAGUUUGCUGAAUAUUGCUAAGUGGAAGGGCAGGGGCCAGUCAUUAUUGGGAGACAAUUGCAUAAGGCUUGAUCCCAGUGAGCCUAACUUGCCUGCUUGGGUCCCCAGACUUCAAGGACUUUGACCAGGGAACAACAGAAUGUACUGGUAGGCUGUGGGUUUCCAGUUCUGUUUUCAAGUGGUUUGUUUUGGGGUUUUUGUUUGUUUUUGUUUUUUUGUUUUUUGUUUUUUUUUUUUUUUUUUUUUUUUUUUUUGGUUGUUUUGGGGGGGGUUGUUUUUGUUUUUGUUUUGUGGCCCAGAGUGUGGUUAUAUAGAACAUAUAUCUCCUGGUUGGAACAUGCAUGCAUGUAUGUGCAUGUGUAUGCCCGCAAAGCUCUUCUGUACAUGGAAGGGUGCUACAUCAAGGCCAAGGUGAGCUGUUGGCUGGGGCAGCUGCUGCAGUCUCUGUGCUGUAGUCUGAAGAUUUAUCCUCGGAGAAGCAUCUGGUUAAAGGGAGAUAUUCUCUGAGAAUGGAGUGUCCCAGAAGUGGACAAGGGCAAUUGGCAAGCUUACCUUCCUUUUCUACCAGUAAUCCUUUUACAAGAACCCCCAUCCUCAUUUCCUCAAACACUCAGGUGCUUUCAGAUUUCAGUCUCGGGCAGUGGACAUAGGGAAUUUUUGGCAAGCUCCAAAUAAGACACACCACCUUCAAGAAGAGUGUCAGAUUCCAUGGAAAUUCUUUCCUGGUCUUGUGCCCUCCUACCUGAAGGUAGGAGAGAACCCUCUCUACUUCCCUGCAAAUGGCUGUACUCUUCUAUUACAGAGAGCACGUGCCUGGGAACUUAGCUCAGUGCAAGCCAAAACCCUUCCCCAAGAGUGGAGAGACAUGGUGUUUGGAGCAAUGUCUGAUCUAAGUGAUGACUCCUCGUAACUGCUGAUUAUCUGUUACUGCUGCCCUGAGCUGGGGCCCAAGGGCUGGGAAUCUGUCGGUGCUACCUUGCCCUACCAUUUCCCCAGCUCACACACUGCCAACAGGAAGUGCUGUUUGGCUAGUUGUGCCACACCCACCUGCCCUUUGUUCUCAGAUGUGUUUACCUGUCAGCUUUGCCAACUUAGCAUCUUUAGCAAACAGACAGCAUCUCCUGGCCUUUCUGACUCAGUUACAGCUUUUACACCCUUAACAGGAGUCUAUAUUUUCCCCAGUUUCCUCCUCCCCGCGUUCCUGUUGAGGUUAGCGUCUAUCUCUUCUCAAGAGGAAAGAACAGUGGUUAUAUUAGCAUUUGCGCUUUAUAUCAAAAUUGAAAGUAGGAUCUGCUUUUAUUUCCCAAAGUCUGUGUCUGGAAUUGAGACACUUGAACUCAGGCAGAGGGAUGAGGCUGGGGUAGGGCUGUCCUGAGCUUGGGAGCCUAAUCCCUGCACUUCCCUGAAACCUCAGAAUCUCCUCUCUGAAUACACCUGCCUAGUUCUCCCUCUUUCAUCCUCUCUUCCCACAUCAUCAGAGUGAAAACGCUCUUUGUUGAAAAGGAAGAGAAAAGGCAUCUUAUUUUCUUUUUUAAAAAUUUUAAACCAUGAAGAAAAUAUUUUUAAAGAAAUUCACCCAGGACAUUAAAGUCACUAUAUUACAUAUUUAUCAUGUGUGAGAAUAUAAGUAUAUAACUGCAGCUGGUAGGCCCCACCCUUCCUUCCUUCUUUCCCUCAUUUCUUAGGUUGUGUGAGUAGGUUUGCUUGGUGCCAGUCCUGUGCCCUUUGCUCUCCUGUCAUCUGUAGUUGUGAUCAGAAAAAGAUAUCUGCACUGCACUGUCUCCUUUCACUAUGUUCUGUGUUCGAUUACCUUAGCUCUGUUUCAUGAAAUAAACUGUGAAGUGGGGGGGUGGGGGGUGCAGGCUAUGUAAAAAUUUUAAGUGAAGAAGUUUGGCCUCAACCUAGCUUCUCUACAAUAGGUUGAAUAGGUAAUUGGCUUUGACUGCUGUCUAGAAGUGUCUCACAGGACAGGAGGGAGGGAGGUGGGGGCACAAUUGGCCACUUGUCUUUUGUUUUGAUAUUUCCAUUCAUCACCAUUCAUUGGCGCCUUCCUCCCAGACCUGCUGGGCAAACAUCUUCUGAGCUGUGCAUUUGGUGUGGAGUGGAGGGCUUAUGGGGACACAGGUGAGCAACAGUCCUCUUUUGUCUGGAGCCACUGAACCCCAUUCCAUCAUUAUGAGGAUAGCUAGAACUGGGCACUGGUUACUAUACCUUAGUGACACAAGUGCUGGGAUGGAGAAUCCUGCAGUUCGUUGGACUGCUUUUGAAUCCUGUAAUAACCUUUCCUUCAAGGGUGUGACUUGGCAGCAGAAAAAUGGGUGGCUAUUUUAGCAUUGGCAUUUGGCUGAGUGCUUAAAUUUUGGAUGACCAGAGAGUCUGCACAUGAGACAGCUCCCAGUAAGUAGUCUCCGGGAACAAGCCAGAGGCAGAAAUGUCCAUAGGUAGUAAUACUUCUCGUUUAGUUGUAGGGGGGGAAUCUAAGGGAAUUGUUGCAAUUUGCAUUCAAGACUUAAUUUUUCUUCCUGCUGGAGCCAACCCAUUUUAAUAGAUGGUAGCCAUCAUUUACCACCACUACUCCAAAGUAUUUUUAGAUGUCUGCUUCCCUGAAAUUACGGAGUUUAAGUUUAUUUGAGUCACUAUGUCAGGCUUUUUUUUUUUUUUUAAGCCAAUUGUGCAUCUUUGGUACUUAUCCUCUACCCACACUACAGUCUGGGCUUGAUGUGUAGAAGUGAGCCUCUGUGGCCCCGCACUGUGUUCACACUGGACUUAAAGGUCAUGUCCACGUUGUUCCAGAACUGACAGGAGGAAUGUCUAGGUUGUCCAUUCAAUUUGAUGCACACACCCUCCGAGUGGAGAUAUUGUCAUCCUCUUGGGGUUUGUCAUUGGAUGAGAAUAGGCCCAAUGUUCUCCUCACCUCCUAUAUCACAGGGCAGGAGUUGCAGCAGGAAUUUACUGCUGUUAAAGUUGAGCUAUUCAUGUUAAUUAUCCCAAGUCAUUUAUACCUAGGUGGCCACUGCAGGAGUUUUGAUUGGCUGUGACCAGUUCACUCUCAGUUGAGCUUCCUAGGUCAGUACAGAAGUUGCUGUAGUGUAAAUUGAAAUAAAAAUAAUUGCUUUGUACACAAAACAAUGUAAUGGUGCUAAUCUCAUGGUAUAAAUAAGCACUGCCAAGGGUUGAGGGAUUGGUGACAUGAGAAACCCAGGCUCCUGUUGGGAAGAUAAUUUAUAUAGGUUCCUUUCAGCUCUGAGAGGAUCGAAACAGGCAGAGUCAGUAAUGCCUGCCAACCCAACCCUGGAGUGCUCCGGUCCAGUCCAGAGGAGAAAGGCAUCCCGUGUCCAGAUGAUGGCCACUGAGUUUCUUAGGGCUAAUAUCACCUUGACCAUAGCCUUUGUAGGUCCAUCCUGCCCAGGAAAGGUCAGAAGAGAACUAUGGAUAUGGGGUAGCCAUUACCUUCUGCUUCUCUACCUCUUCCCCUCUCGUGGCAGUAUCUCAAUUGCUUACAAAGAAUAAGGGCAGUCUUUCUCAAGGACAUCGGGAGAGCUUUGUUAGACAACUACAACCUCAAAAGAGAUGUUUCCUGACCAGUAGAAACAAAACACAUUAAACUCUUUUGUGGUUCUUCCCCAAAACAGCCUUCCUGUCACUUUAAGAACUUAAGUCUAUGAGAGGCUCUAGGAGUUGCUCCUGGGAGCUUAGUGCAACUUGGCAGAGGCAGACAGGGAGCAGAGCUGAGGUGUUGGUGAUGUUUCUCCGGUGGGCAGAGCAGGAGGUCUCCAGGUUGUGGUGGUGCCAGCUUGUGUGUGUGUAGGUGAGUAUGGGAGCUGGGUGAGGACAGCAUCUAGGAGCUCAUGGAAAAGCAGCUUUCUAGAAAACUGACUAGAAAGCUAUCUAUAUUUUUUAAGUGGGGAAAAGGGUUCAACAAAGGUCCAUCACUGUGUUAUCUCACCCCAACCGAUUGUCAGCUGGAAGUGAACCUAGUGAAAAAGAGGGGAGCCCUGUGCUAGGAGUCCCCAUAAACAUGUACUGUAAUUCUUUGUAUAUAGAAAAAAAAUACUGUAAAGUAAAGUUUAACUUUACUCUUCUGGA